AGAAUCUCUCAAUGAAAUGGCAAUUGCAAUUAAUGUUGUGAAUGUUGUAUCACCCACAAGAAACAACGUUUCAGCUCCUUCAUCAAUGCCUCAGGGCACAAUAAAUCACACAUAUCAUAAUAAACCUGAGCCUUCUAAACAAACUCAAGUUCAAAAUUAUAAAUUAAUGUUGGGAGCAAAAAGAAAACAAUUAAACCAUGCUGCAUCGAUAUUAUUGUCAAAAGCCGAAAAAUAUGAGCAAAUGGUUUCAAAGGAGCGCACUUUUUGGACCGAGGCGUUAUCUUUGCGCCAGAAAAAUUGGAGUAUUAAAGGAUAUGGUAAAAGUGGUGGUCAAUUAUUUGUUGAUUAUGGUUAUAAGGAAGCUGGCUCCCUUUAUGAGGAAAAUACAUGGGCGCAAAUUCAAAGAACGCCAAAUGACAAGCAAAUCGCGAUAUCGUUUCCACCUAUACGCAAAAGAGUAAUGAAAUUACGAUUAGAGCGUAGACUUCAUGGAUUUGAUGAUCGGAUGGAUACAUUUGAAUUAAAACCAUCACUCCGACCUGAAAAGAUUAGUGGGUCAAAUAUGCAUCAACAGCUGUUGGCUGCUCAAUCGGCAGUAUUUGAGAGCGAACUGUUCGAUAAAAUUCUGCUAGAGGCGAGCUCGUUACUUGGCGUUAAAAUGAUCGAGAACGAGAUGCUAAUUCCUGUUUAUGAUAAUGUAGAUUUGACAAUUCAGUGGACAGAUGCUAAUAUUCAAGAAGGAUCUUUUCUUGUAUCGCCCGAAUUCGAUCAGCCUGCUUAUUUAAACGAAUCUUCAACAUGUACAAUAUUAAAAAUUGCCAUGAAUCUUUUACUGCGCAGGCAUCAUAAACAAAAUUUAGAAAAUAUGCAAAAAGAGGUAUUGAACUCCGGGCAAGAACGGAUAUAUAAUGAGGCUCAAGUUCUGACACUUCCCCUUCAUUUGCUGAGAUAUCAUUUCUUUUGUAAUAAAAUUCGGGAAAUAGGAAAUCGUAUAAUAAAACCUUCAAGGGAUGGUGGUAUACCAGUUCAAUUACAUUUUAUUAAUAGUCUAAUUAAUGGACAGGAUAUUCUCGAUAUCGUCUUGAAAACGAAUACUAUUGACGAGGAAGCAACGUUAGAUAGUCUACGAGUUACUCUUGAAUCACCGUGCACAGCUGUUAUUCAUUUAGCACAUAGUGAUCUCCGAACACAAGAUUUACAUCAGUUUGCCAUGUUCCUAGAACGUGAAUUACGCUUAUUACUUUUGAAAAUAAUUCAUAAAGAAAUCAAAGCAUUAUCGUGCAUUAAGAAUAGUGCAUGGGAAGGCAUGUGGACUGUGGAUCGUGUAAUGUUGGUGAUUGUUCGUCCUAUGCCACCUGUUUUGACUAGUAAGCAGGCAGCAAAACAUCACGGAGUCAAUUUGCGGCGAAGGAGAAUGACGGAAAUAACUAUUCGUAAUAACUAUCCAAAACCCGGUACAAUGGCAAUUUGUGUUUCUUCUCCUGGUAAUGAAACCGAAUUAGGAGUAGAACCGAUCUUUGAAGAAUUGGUGAUAGGGGACGCGAGUAUUUUGGGAAUUAACGCAAAUUCUAGACGUGACUUUGCAGAUCGAGUCCAUGAAUUUUUAAUUGGAAUGGUUUAA